AUGGCGGCCAUGAAGACUCUGAACCCCAAGGCUGAGGUGGCCCGAGCCCAGGCGGCAUUGGCAGUCAACAUCCUUGCGGCUCAGGGGCUGCAGGACGUGCUGAGGACCAACUUGGGGCCUAAGGGAACCAUGAAAAUGCUUGUUUUUGGCUCUAAAGACAUCAAGCUUACCAAAGACGGCAAUGUGCUGCUUCACGAAAUGGGGCUUCAUCCCAAAAUAAUCACUGAAGGAUUUGAAGCUGCAAAGGAAAAGGCCCUGCACUUUUUGGAACAAGUCAGAGUAAGCAGAGAGAUGGACAGGGAAACACUUAUAGAUGUGGCCAGAACAUCUCUUCCUACUAAAGUUCAUGCUGAACUUGCAGAUGUCUUAACAGAGGCUGUAGUGGACUCCAUUUUGGCCAUUAAAAAGCAUGAACCUAUUGAUCUCUUCAUGGUUGAGAUCAUGGAGAUGAAAUAUAAAUCUGAAACUGACACAAGCUUAAUCAGAGGGCUUGUUUUGGACUAUGGAGCUCGGCACCCUGAUAUGAAGAAAAGAGUAGAAGAUGCCUACAUCCUCACGUGCAAUGUGUCAUUAGAAUAUGAAAAAACAGAAGUGAAUUCUGGCUUUUUUCACAAGAGUGCAGAAGAGAGAGAAAAACUAGUAAAAGCGGAAAGAAAAUUCAUUGAAGAUAGAGAUAAAAAAAUAAUAGAACUGAAAAAGAAAGUUCAUGGUGAUUCAGAUAAAGGAUUUGUUGUUAUUAAUCAAAAGGGAAUUGACCCCUUUUCCUUAGAUGUUCUUGCAAAAGAAGGCACAGUAGCUCUGCACAGAGCUAAAAGGAGAAAUAUGGAGAGGCUGACUCUUGCUCAUGGUGGGCUAGCUCAAAAUUCUUUUGAUGACCUAAAUCCUGACUGUUUGGGACAUGUGGGACUUGUCUAUGAGUACACAUUAGGAGAAGAGAAGUUCUCCUUUAUUGAGAAAUGUAACAAUCCUCGUUCUGUGACAUUAUUGGUCAAAGGUCCAAAUAAGCACGCACUCACUCAAAUCAAAGAUGCAAUAAGAGAUGGCUUGAGGGCUGUCAAAAAUGCUAUUGAUGAUGGCUGUGUGGUUCCAGGUGCUGGUGCAGUAGAAGUGGCAAUGGCAGAAGCCCUGAUUAAAUGUAAGCCCAGUGUAAAGGGUAGCCAACUUGGAGUCCAAGCAUUUGUUGAUGCAUUGCUCAUUAUCCCCAAGGUUCUUGCUCAGAAUUCUGGUUUUGACCUUCAGGAAAUGUUAGUUAAAAUUCAGGCUGAACAUUUGGAAUCAGGUCAACUUGUGGGUGUGGACUUGAACGCAGGUGAGCCAAUGGUGGCAACAGAAGUAGGCGUAUGGGAUAACUAUUGUGUAAAGAAACAGCUUCUUCACUCCUGCACUGUGAUUGCCACCAGCAUUCUCUUGGUUGAUGAGAUUGUGCGAGCUGGAAUGUCUUCUCUGAAAGGUUGA